AUGGAUCACCUAACAAUGACGUCCACGUCUGAAAAUGCGCUCGAUCACCAUGACGACCACGACGCUUCGUCGCCGGCGCUGCCGCCGAUGAUCCCGGGCUGCGACCCGCACGACGGCGCGGCGUGCCUGGAGCUCAUCGAGGUGCUGACCGCGCGCGCCGGCGACGUCCAGCGGCGCGUGCUCGGCGAGGUGCUCGCCAUGAACGCCGGCACGGACUACCUCCGCCGGUUCCUCGGCGACGGCGGCGAGGCCGACGCCGCGGCGUUCAAGGAGCGCGUUCCGGUGGUGGAGUACGAGGACGUGAAGACGUACAUCGAGCGCAUCGCCAACGGCGCCCCGUCGUCGCUCAUCUCCUCCAAGCCCAUCACCGAGCUCCUCACGAGCUCCGGCACGUCGGGCGGGCAGCCGAAGCUGAUGCCGGCGACGGAGGAGGAGCUCGACCGCAAGACCUUCCUCUACAACCUCCUCGUGCCGGUGAUGAACAAGUACGUGGAGGGGCUGGACGAGGGGAGGGGGAUGUACCUGCUGUUCGUGAAGCCGGAGAUCACGACGGCGUCGGGGCUGGUGGCGCGGCCGGUGCUGACGAGCUACUACAAGAGCCGCCACUUCCGGCGGCGGCCGGACAGCCCGUACACGCGGUACACGAGCCCCAACGAGGCCAUCCUCUGCCCGGACAGCCGCCAGAGCAUGUACGCGCAGCUGCUCUGCGGCCUCGCCCGCCGCGGCGAGGUGCUCCGCGCCGGCGCCGUCUUCGCCUCCGCCUUCCUCCGCGCCGUCAAGUUCCUCGAGGGCCACUGGCGCGCGCUCUGCGACGACAUCCGCGCCGGCCGCGCCGACCCGGCCGUCGUCACCGACGCCGCCUGCCGCGACGCCGUCGACGCGGUCGUCUCCCGCCCCGACCCGGACCUCGCCGACGCCAUCGCCGCCGAGUGCUCGGUCGGGUCGUGGCGGGGCAUCGUGCGGCGGCUGUGGCCGAGGACCAAGUACAUCGACGUCAUCGUGACGGGCUCCAUGGCGCAGUACAUACCCCUCCUCGAGUUCUACGGCGGCGGGCUGCCGCUGGUGUCGACGAUGUACGCCUCGUCGGAGUGCUACUUCGGCAUCAACCUCCGGCCGCUGGACCGGCCGGAGGACGUGGUGUACACGCUGCUGCCCAACAUGUGCUACUACGAGUUCAUCAAGGUGGAGAAGGACGGCGAGGAGAUCCGCGACGGCGAGGUGGUGGACCUCAUCGACGUCGAGGUCGGCGGCUACUACGAGCUCGUCGUCACCACGUUCACAGGGCUGUACCGGUACAGGGUGGGCGACAUCCUGCAGGUGGCCGGGUUCCACAACGCGGCGCCGCAGUUCCGGUUCGUGCACCGCCGCAACGUCGUCCUCAGCGUCGACACCGACAAGACCUCCGAGGACGACCUCCUCCGCGCCGUCACCGCCGCCAAGCCCCUCCUCGACCCGCUCGGCUGCGUCCUCGCCGAGUACACCGCCUACGCCGACACCUCCUCCAUCCCGGGCCACUACGUCCUCUUCUGGGAGCUCACCCCUCCUCCGCCGUCCCCCGCCUCCGCGCGCGUUAUGGCCGCCUGCUGCGCCGCCGUCGAGGCCGGCCUCGACGCCGUCUACCGCCGCUGCCGUAGCCGCGACCGCUCCGUCGGCCCGCUGGAGAUCCGCGCCGUCGCGCCGGGGGCCUUCGACGCGCUCAUGGACCUCUGCGUGUCGCACGGCUCGUCGGUGAACCAGUACAAGACCCCCCGCUGCAUCAAGCACCCCGACGCCAUCGCCGUCCUCGAGCACCGCGUCGUCGGCCGCUUCUUCAGCGACGCCGUGCCGCACUGGGAGCCGCUCAAGGUCGACGCCGCCGCCGCCGACACCUGAUCGCAUGCAACAACGUCGGCGAUGAUGAUGAUGAUGAGAUGGAUGGUUAAUUGGAGUAAAACCAAAUGCAAGUAGAUAAAUUGAUCAUUAUGUGUGUGUGCGUGUUUAAUUACUUAAUUCCGUCUUCAGAUUUUCACAGUUCGAGAUUAUUGGUCAUUAAUUAAUUGUUAAUUAUUAGGGGCCAUGCACGCAUAGCCUGUAAUUGUGUAAUGUCAAAUAUUGCUCAUUGACUCCAUCCCAAAAUUGUUGGUUAAUUAAUCAAGAUGAUUAGGU